CUGACGCCGCUAGGACCACGAUGACUUUCACGGCGCAGAAGUGUGGGGUCUGCUUCCAGCCCCCAUCCAUCAUCCUCAUCUACAGAGACAACAGCCAGGACAAGACUCGCCAGCGCAUCAUGCCCGCCCGGAACUUCUCCAGGUUCUCAGACUGUGCCAUGGCUGCGGAGCAGCUGAAGAACAACCCCCGGCACAAGGAGUACCUGGAAGGUGUCUCCCUGCGGCAGCUCCAGAAGCUGUACGGUCUGCUGAGAGGUCAUCUGGGAGGAGAGACCCUGGCUGAGAGCCUGGAAAAGUUUCAGAAGGAACAGACCAUUGACCCAGAGGAGGAUAUGAACAAACUGGAUGACAAGGAACUAGCCAAAAGGAAGAGCAUCAUGGAUGAGCUCUUCAAAAAGAACAGGAAGAAGAAGGAUGACCCUGGUUUCAUCUACGACAUUGAGGUGGAGUUCCCACAGGAUGAGCAGCUGGAGUCCUGUGGUUGGGACGUGGAGUCGGAUGAAGAGAUCUGAUUCCAGGCAAAGGUGACUUGUGAGGGCAGGUUGGGGACAAACUUCACCCUCCUAGUAGAGAACCUGGUCAGUG